AUGGCGGCAGGAAGUAAUGGUGGUAGUAGUGAGCAGUGCUCGAAAAGCGAGGCCGAUUCCGGCUUCUUGGGGCUGCGGCCCACGUCAGUGGAUCCAGCGCUGAGGAGGCGGCGGCGAGGCCCAAGAAAUAAGAAGCGAGGCUGGCGGCGGCUCGCUCAAGAACCUCUGGGACUGGAGGUCGAUCAGUUCUUGGAGGACGUGCGGUUGCAGGAGCGCACGAGCGGUGGCUUGAUAUCAGAGGCCCCCGAUGAGAAACUUUUCUUCGUGGACACUGGCUUCAAGGAUAAAGAGCUGAACAGGAAGAGGACCAAAAGCCAGAAGAGGUCACUGCUUCUCAAGAAGCCCCUCCGGAGCGACCUCAUCCUAGAGAACACCUCCAAGGUCCCUGCUCCCAAAGACGUCCUCGCCCACCAGGUUCCCAACGCCAGGAAGCUUAAGCGGAAGGAGCAGCUAUGGGAGAGGCUGGCGAAGCAGGGCAAGCUGCCCGGGGAGGUACGCAGGGCGCAGGCCCGGCUCCUCAACCCGCCAGCGGCCAGAGCCAAGCCUGGGCCCCAGGACACUGUGCAGCGGCCCUUCUACGACCUCUGGGCCAAAGGCAACCCUCUGGACCAGCCCUUGGAGGGCCAGGAUGAGUUUUUCCUGGAGCAGACCAAGAAGAAAGGCGUGAAGCGGCCGCAGCAUCUGCACACCAAGCCCUCCCAGGCGCCUGCUGUGGAGGUGACGCCCGCGGGAGCCUCGUACAACCCAACCUUUGAGGACCACCAGAACCUGCUUUGGGCGGCCCACGAGGUGGAGCUGCAGCGGGAGAAGGCGGCUGAGAAGCUGGAGCGGCAGCUGGCCCUGCCGGCCUCGGAGCAGGCCGCCACCCAGGAGUCUGCCUUCCGGGAGAUGUGCCAGGGGCUGCUAGAGGAGUCCGACGGGGAGGGCGAGCCGGGCGAGGGCCAGGACGAGGGGCCGGAGGCUGGAGACCCGGCCGCAAGAGCAGAGGCCUCGCCCACACCCGGCCGCCCGGCUGCCCUGGAGAAGAAGACAGAGCAGCAGCGGCGGCGGGAGAAGGCUGCCCGGAUGCUGAGGACGCAGCAGGCCGCGGUGCGGGCCGCCCGCCUCCGGCACCAGGAGCUCUUCAGGCUGCGCGGGAUCAAGGCGCAGGUGGCGCGGCGCCUGGCGGAGCUGGCCCAGCGGCGGGAGCGGCGGCAGGCAAAGCGGCUGGCGGAGGCGGACAAGCCGCGGCGGCUAGGGCGGCUCAAGUAUCAGGACCCCGACAUCGACGUGCAGCUCAGCUCGGAGCUCUCUGACUCGCUCAGGACUCUGAAGCCCGAGGGCAACAUCCUCCGUGACCGGUUCAAGAGCUUCCAGAGGAGGAACAUGAUCGAGCCUCGGGAGCGAGCCAAGUUCAAGCGCAAGUACAAAGUGAAACUGGUGGAGAAGCGGGCGUUCCGAGAGAUCCAAGGUCUGGAAGGCGCCAAAGGAUGGGUGGAUUGGCGAGGCCGAGACUUCAGUGCUGAUCAGGCGGCGCCCGGGGCUGGAUGCCAGGCUUUAUUUAAUAAGGCAGCGGGUCCCCCGGACCGCUCAUUGAAAAAAACCUCAGCUUCAGGGGCUGCCCACGUGUACCCAGAAUCCUUUCGAAGUCGGCCCCCUCUUCCUGUCAGGCCGCCCUCAAGGUCCUCGCAGCGAAACGAGCAAGCGGGCACCGGGGUCCGGAGCGAUGGCGGUAGUCGUCCGAGUGGUUUAUUGGUGAGCACGUGGGCCAGAGGUGCCCUCUUCGAAUUCCGCCCGGGCCCCGCCCUGUCCCGGCGGAGCUGGGCUCUGGGGGAGUCGAGGGUGCGCGGCGGGGGGGUGGGGGCAGGACCCUUGGAGAACCUUGCACUGGGGAGAGGGUUCCGUGUGGGCUACAAGCCCAAGUAUCUUCAGCUCAAGAAGAAGUUAGAAGAUGAGUUCCCUAGCCGUCUGGACAUCUGCGGUGAGGGGACUCCCCAGGUCACCGGCUUCUUUGAAGUGUUCGUAGCAGGAAAGCUGGUUCACUCCAAGAAGGGAGGCGAUGGCUACGUGGACACGGAGAGCAAGUUUCUGAAGCUGGUGGCCGCCAUCAAAGCUGCUUUGGCUCAGGCCUGA